AUGAAGGCGCUGGAGGGGAGCUCGCCGGGACAGGGCGAGGAGGAGCCGCCGGGACCGGCCCAGGGGCGCCGGCGGCGGCAGCGGCAGAGGGCGAGCUGCCGACCCAGCCCCUCACCCCGCAGGGAGCAGCAGGCAGAGCUGGCCGGGCUCCCCCCAUCUCCGGAUGAAGGUGCAGAAACCCUGGAGGAGCCGCUGCUGAGCCUCCCCAGUGAGCUCUCAGUGCUGGACAGGCUUGGCUUGCACAGGGUGGCUUUGACCGAGCAGGAUCUGGAGGCAGCCUUUGCCCACCUCGCCCUGGCUUUUCGCUGCGACGUGUUCACCCUGCAGCAGCGGGUGCAGGUGGAGAAACGGGCACGGGAUGCAGCAGAGGAAAACAUCCAGGAGGAGCUGGGGCAGUGCCGGGCUGCCCUGGAGAGGCUGGGCCGGUCCUGCGCCAAUGCAGGCUGCAAGGAGACGCUGCAGCAGCUGCAGCACAACCUGGCCGUGCUGUCAGCAGCCGUUGAGCGGGCAACCAGUGCCGCAGAGAAACUGGGGGCUGUGCACCAGGAGGCCCGGAUGAGCCGAGCAGCAGAGGUGAUGGUCCAGCACGUGGAGAACCUGAAGCGGCACCACCAGCGGGAGCACGCGGAGCUGGAGGAGAUGAAGCGCCUGAUCCAGCAGAACUCCCGCAACCGGCAGCUGGCAGAGACCCAGGAUGAUGUGGAGCCACGGCUGAGACCUCACCCCCUGAAGAGAACUUUCCAGCAGGGCUCUGCCCGCCGCAGGGUCAGCAUCGCCGUCAUCCCCAAGCAGCUCUUGCCAGGUGCCAGCCCUGAGAGCCGAGCAGCCCCCGCAGGUGACCUGGAGCCCGAGGGGGCCCAGCGCUGGCCCAGCACCCAGAGGAGAGAGCUGGAGCCACAGGGCCAGGACAGCGCCGUGACAGAGAAGCUGGUGGCAGAGGCAGAUGGCAGAGGCUCAAGCGCAGGGAACGAGGAGCCGGAGCAGCUUGGGCUGACGUCCAAGGGGUCUGCAGGGGAGCUGUGGCGUCCAUGGCUCUUCUUCCCACAGCACUACUGGCUUUUCUUCUGGCUGCUUCUCCUGAGCAUCGCCUUCCUCCUCCUCGUCCGUGUCCUGGAGCUGCAGCGGGUGCAGUCUGCAGCAUCAUCCAAGGCCUAGCUGGACCAGGGAGGGGCAGCUCAGAGGCAUCUCUGCUCCUUCCCCACGUCCUAAAACACCAAACCCCUAGAAUAAUAAAAUGGGAGGAAAAA